UUCCUGUCUACAUUGCAAAACCCUCCGAAGGUUCCUUCCUGCCCGGCAGUCCCGGGUGCUGCCUUGCUGGCCGCAGCCUGCAGGGGGCAGCAGCGAGCGCGUCUCGCCUCGCUCUUCCUCUCCCCCGCCCCACCCGCCUGCACAGGUGGCGGGGAUUGGCCCUCGCCGGCUGCCGUAGCGCGGCCUGCGGACUUUGCUCCGCGGCAGGCCCAGAGCGCGAGAGCCCAGCCAUGGCGUCGUCCGGAGGCAGCACCAUCCAGAUCCCGAGCCGCCUGCCGCUGCUGCUGACGCCCGAGGCGGUGCUACUGCCGGGCUCCACCAUGCGCGCCAGCGUGGACUCGCCGCGGAACAUGCAGCUGGUGCGGAGCCGCCUCCUGAAGGGCACGUCGCUCAAGAGCACCAUUAUCGGCGUCAUCCCCGACACCCGCGACCCGGCCAGCGACCUCGACGCGCUGCCCCCGCUCCACAGGAUUGGGACAGCAGCGUUGGCUGUCCAGGUAGUUGGCAGCAACUGGCCCAAGCCGCAUUACACUUUGCUGGUCACAGGCCUCUGCAGAUUCCAGAUUUUGCAGCUGGUGAAAGAGAAGCCUUAUCCCGUUGCUGAUGUGGAGCAGCUGGAUCGGCUGGAACAGUUUACCAACAAGUCUAAUUCCGAGGAGGAGCUGGGAGAGCUGUCAGAGCAGUUCUACAAAUAUGCGGUUCAGCUGGUUGAGAUGCUGGAUAUGUCGGUCCCUGCAGUGGCGAAACUGAGACGCCUGCUUGACAAUCUGCCCAGGGAGGCUUUACCUGAUAUAUUAACUUCCAUCAUCCGCACCAGCAACCAAGAGAAGCUUCAGAUUUUAGACGCCGUUGGCUUGGAGGAACGGUUCAAGAUGACCAUCCCGUUGCUCGUCAGACAGAUCGAAGGUCUGAAGCUGCUUCAGAAAACUCGGAAACCCAAACAGGAUGAUGACAAAAGGGUUGUAGCUAUCCGCCCGAUUCGAAGGAUUGCCCACAUCCCAGGCACUGCAGAAGAUGAAGAGGAGGAUGAAGACCAUGACGACAUUGUGGUACUUGAAAAGAAAAUCCGAGCCUCCAGCAUGCCCGAGCAAGCUCUAAAAGUGUGCGUGAAAGAGGUAAAGAGGUUGAAGAAAAUGCCUCAGUCAAUGCCAGAAUACGCUUUAACCCGAAAUUAUCUGGAGUUGAUGGUGGAGCUACCAUGGAGCAAAAGUACUAAAGAUCGCCUGGAUAUCCGGGCAGCCAGAAUUCUUUUGGACAAUGACCAUUAUGCUAUGGAGAAGUUGAAGAAGCGAGUGUUGGAGUAUUUGGCCGUCAGACAACUGAAGAACAACCUGAAGGGCCCCAUCCUUUGCUUUGUGGGCCCUCCUGGAGUUGGAAAAACUAGCGUGGGAAGAUCCGUGGCAAAGACUCUGGGCCGCGAAUUCCAUCGGAUCGCCUUGGGAGGAGUGUGUGACCAGUCGGACAUCCGAGGACACAGGCGUACCUACGUGGGCAGCAUGCCUGGGCGGAUCAUCAAUGGCCUGAAGACGGUGGGGGUGAACAAUCCCGUGUUCCUGCUGGAUGAGGUGGACAAGCUCGGGAAGAGCCUGCAGGGGGACCCCGCGGCAGCUUUGCUGGAGGUCUUGGAUCCCGAGCAAAACCACAACUUCACGGAUCAUUAUCUCAACGUCGCCUUCGACUUGUCUCAAGUCCUCUUCAUCGCCACGGCCAACACGACCGCAACCAUCCCACCAGCUUUGCUGGACAGAAUGGAGAUCAUUCAGGUGCCAGGAUACACGCAAGAAGAGAAGAUCGAAAUUGCCCACCGGCACUUGAUUCCAAAGCAGCUGGAACAGCAUGGACUGACCCCUCAGCAGAUUCAGAUCCCUCAGGAAGCAACCUUGGCCAUCAUCACACGGUACACCCGGGAGGCAGGCGUUCGCUCUUUGGAUCGCAAGUUCGGAGCGAUCUGCCGAGCGGUUGCGGUGAAGGUGGCAGAGGGCCAGCACAAGGAGACAAAGCCAGACCGUUCAGAAGCGACAGAAGGAGAAGAGGGCCGAGAGCCUCUUGCGGAGGACGCUAAACCCGAUUCCCUCGGGGACGCCACGGACUUGGCUCUGCCACCCGAAAUGCCCAUUCUCAUCGAUUUCCGUGCCUUGAAAGACAUCCUCGGGCCACCGAUGUACGAACUGGAGGUGUCGGAGCGACUGAACCAGCCAGGCGUGGCAAUCGGCUUGGCUUGGACUCCCUUAGGAGGGGAGAUCAUGUUUGUGGAAGCCAGCCGCAUGGACGGGGAGGGCCAGCUGACUCUGACAGGACAGCUGGGCGAUGUCAUGAAGGAGUCGGCACAUCUUGCCAUCAGCUGGCUGCGCAGCAAUGCGAAGAAAUACCAUUUGACAAAUGCUUCUGGAAGUUUUGAUCUCCUUGACAACACAGACAUCCAUCUGCACUUCCCAGCUGGAGCUGUCACAAAAGAUGGACCAUCUGCUGGAGUUACCAUAGUAACCUGCCUUGCCUCCCUUUUCAGUGGGCGGCUGGUGCGUUCAGAUGUAGCCAUGACUGGGGAAAUUACGCUAAGAGGCCUUGUUCUUCCCGUGGGAGGAAUCAAGGACAAAGUCCUGGCCGCGCACAGAGCCGGCCUGAAGAGAAUUAUCAUUCCCCAAAGAAAUGAAAAAGACCUUGAGGAGAUUGCCGCGAACGUACGGCAGGACCUGAAUUUUGUGAUGACAAGCUGCCUGGAUGAGGUCCUUAACGCAGCUUUUGAUGGGGGAUUUUCGGCAAAGACUCUACUUGAUCACUUUAGUAGUAAACUCUAAGCAAAUUGAUGGGGCUUGCUCAAGGAACGAAAUACAAAGCUGGGAGUUCAUCUGGCAGGUGAUUAAAAAAAGGUGGGGUAUGCAUAUAAAAAGGGUAAUAGUAGAAUAUACUGACAUUAGCCACCAGAUUCUUAUCAAGAAGGGGUAAGAAUCACCAAGACAAUUAUGGACCUGCUGACCACCAUGGUUGGCCUUGAUUAAUGGGGAGCAAUCUGGGGAGAUCGAUUUUGGCACUAAGCUCUUAAUAAUCAUUAUUCCGCUACACAAUUAAGCAUACUUGUACAGGAGCUGAAUGGCAUUGCCCAGUCAUGUAGACCUUCAAAACAAAACAAAACACAAAACGCACUGCCUGCUAAUGAAGCCUGACUUUUCUCUCUCUUCCCCCAAAGAGCUUGUCAUAAUUGGAGAUCUACCCUGCCUGCAUUUCAGCACUGUGGUUAAAAUGCUAUUGAUCCUAAACUGCAGCGUAGUUCCGUUUACCUCGAAAGAAUGUGUGCAAGGGAAUGAUUUAGUCAUGGUCCUGUAGGUAAGUGGGGAGGGACAACUGCUGAGCGUUAAUCAGUAAUAUACUUAGAUUGGGUCAAAGGGGGUUUGUAUGUUGGCUACCUCCCUGCAACUCUGCAUUCAGAGGACAUCCUGAUUUUACAGCAGGACGUGGGAGAGCCAGAGAGAGAGACACCCCUGGGAUUUGGGAAUCACUGCUUUGCCCAGUAGAACAGUGGUCCUCAACCAGGGUUCCUCCAGAUGUUGCUAAACUACAGCUCCCAACAUCCCCAGCCACAAUAAGUUGUAGCUGGGGAUGCUGGGAGUUGUAGUUCAGCACCAUCUGGAGGAACCCUAGUUGGGAACCACUGUAGUAGAAGACAGAACUCUUCUUCCUCUAUAUACCUGGGGUUCUCAACACUGGGUCCCCAGAGGUUGUUGGACUUCAGCUCCCAUAAUCUCCAACCAAAGGCCACUGGGGCUGGGGAUUAUGGGAGCUGAAGUCCAUUAACAACAGGAGACCCAAUGCUGAGAAUCCCUGCUCUGUACCGGGGCUACUCAGCUGCCCCCACCCCACCCCAAUGUGCUCUCCGACAGUAAUCUCAGCUGUAUUCGCUGCAGCUCCUUUAACUGCUUUAAAUUAUGAAUUAAAUGUAGCAAUCUCUUUAAGUGGGAGGAUGAAGCAAUUCACUGCUUUUUCUGUACAACAGGCGGCUUGGUUAACUUGUCAUGCUACUGCUGUUUAGUACAAAAUCUGAAAAUUUCAAAUGUUACUAUAAAGCUGUUAAUUACUGCUGUUAA